AAAACCGAAGAAAAAGACACUCAACAAUUAUUACAUUUUAUUCGUUGUGAAUAAAAAUUUAUUAUUUCCAUUUAAUUUUAUUAAUAAGUACAACAUGGAUAAAACUGCAAAACCAUCAUCUAGACUUUUAUCACGAAAAGUUUUAUUUUUUGCUAUGGUGCCAACUAUAAUAUCUUUGCAUUUUGGUUUUAGUAUUUUUAGUAAUAUGCUAAAGAAUGUCAAUGAACACGAAGAAAGUGAUUUGCCAUUUUACAAAUAUUGCGAAACAAAGUUUGACAUCAACGAAGCUGCCUCUAAGAUAGCAAAGGCACAAAAUCCAUAGGAAGUACCUAAACGCACUUAGUUUUUAAGGAAGCUUAAAUUUUACACAUAGUAGAUCUCAUUGAACUUGUGAUUAAAUAUUUUACUUGCUAUAUUAAACAAAAACGAUUUAUUUUCCUAAUAAUGUAAUUUUUAAUAAAGAAACACAAAGUUGAUAUUGAAAUAUAAAAUUUGAAUAAAGAAUGAUUUGAAAAAAGACUUGUUUAAAAAAAGUUUAUAUAACUUUUUUUACGAUUUCCCCAAACAAAUUUGGACUUUUGUAAAUUACGGCAUUAAACAACAUUUGACAUUAAAAAUUAAAUAAUUAUGACACACUCUGUUUCUUUUUAAAAGAAACAAUAACAGCUGUUACAACAAAAACAAAAAAUACCACACAAGUUUUCGCGUAAUAGUUGUGAAAAAAAUUAACUUCUACUAAUUUUCUAAUUUAUUUUAAGAAAUAUUUGACAACAAAA